AUGAGCGGCGUCUCUAGCCCCGCCCACCGUCUCUCACGCUCAGGGGGUGGAGUGCCAGGCCAGCCCCAGAGGCCCCGCGGAAGAAGAGCACUGGUUUGGCCUCCUCGCUUGCCGUACGAACUCGUUGCUGGGGGACAGGACAGGAGGAGGGUCACUAAAAUGGCGGCUAAGAUGGCAACGCUUGCAGCUAUCCCUGCUGGUCUGGCAUUUGUAUCUAUUAAUAUAUAUGCUGCGACAGAAGAAGAAUCAAAAGCCCAGUCAGUGAAGCCAAAUCAGCUUCCCAUUUAUUGUGUGCCGCCUCUGAAAUCAAGAUAUGUUGAAGAAGACCCUGGUCAUUUGCAGGUGGGGUUUUCUACAUUAAGAAAGACAACUAGUCAUUAUGUUGAGUGGUGCAAGGAUGCCUAUGUCUUUGUUAAAAAUGGGAUAAUGGAUUCAAUACAGUUUGGAAAAGACACAUAUGUUUAUCUGAAGAAUCCACCUCCAGAAUUUCUUCCAAAAGUUGCUGUACUUACAAUUUCAGGUCUAGCUGGCUUAGUUCUGGCAAGAAAAGGUUCUAGAGUUAAGAAAAUUGCUUACCCGCUGGGGCUUACCACUUUAGCAGUAUCCGUUUGUUACCCAGCUCAGUCAGUAGUACUUGCUAAGAUAACAGGGAAAAAAGUAUAUGCUGCAAGCCAUCAAACCUAUGAAGCAAUAGGAUCACUAUGGACAAAAAACUCCUCUAUGAAAGAAGUGCUACUCACACAGAAAGAAAAUUCCAAGCGUGGUUCAUAUCUGCAACAAGUUCCGGAACCAGCUGUGGGAGACGAUAAAAGUCCAGAGAUUAAAAAAACAACCCCUGAAUCUGAAGUUAAGUCAAAAACACUUGCUGUAACAGAUUCUCCUGUAAUGAAGAUUCAGAGUUCGAAAGAUCUGGUGCCUUUGCCAGCAGAAAUAAAAGUGCCAAAUGUCAUUUCAGAUGUAGUGAAGACAACAAAAUUUAAGCUUGACCCCAGGCUUAUGGACCAUGGUCAGUCCAGCCCAGAGGAUGUGGAUAUGUACAGUACUAGAAGCUAAGGCACCAAUUUACAAAUAUUGGGAAGUACUAACAAUAGCAAAGAAAAAUGGAAGGAUUAUGCAAUGUAUGAUUGUACCGAAUGUGGUAUAAUUUAAUCAGGUAUUUUCUUAAAUCCCAAUAUGUACAGUCAAUCUACUUUGUCCUUGUUGUUUACUGGGUACUGUUUCUUACUACCUAUAAGCAAUUAAAUAUUUUAAUUUCUUUGAACAAUAAUUAGCUGUUUGACACUGAGAAUUAUAUUUCUCUCAAUAUGUGCUUGCAAUGGGGUGUAUCAGGAUUGUCAGUGUCAAGUUGUUAAUAAACAUAAAUCACCUUUAUAAGGGAUGGUUUGAAAGUGUAAAUGUAUUUCUGUCCUUCAGCUCCUUAGUUGUUCAAAGGCAGUAAAAGAGUAAUCUGGUAAUCUUUUGAUUGUUGUCCCCCUUCUCACUCACUCCCAGCUCUGGAAUGUUAUGGGAAAAUGAUAGCAUUUGGCAUCCAUGUUGGCUCAAGUAUCUUAUUAGUCUGAGCACUCAUAAUAUAAAAGAAACCAGCUGUGAUUGUUGUACUCUCUCAAAUUCAGUUGCUUUAAGAUUUAUGUAAGCUAGCGCCUUCUGUAAAAAUCACUGCUGUUAACCUGUUCCACCGAGGUGACUAGAAUAGAAAAUAAAUUUUGUUCUGUAUGUGUGUAGCUUUCCUGAUUUAAAAGUAACAUUUAAAGUGAAAAGAAAAAAUUGGAGCUAGUCUUCAAAGCAUCCCUUGUAGACCACACAUUAGUUUUCAGUCAACCUUUAAUAACAUAGACUGAUAUUUAUUAAGUUGCUUUUCAGCUCCAUCAACUCUAACCCAUGUUACUGGUACUGUUUGUGCUAAUGUGGAAUAUAUUAGCAAAUUAUGGCAGGAAAGUUGGGCGUUUUAGUGACACAGAGGUUAAAACAGGUAGUUAUACUAUUGGAUGAAAGUGCUCUCACAGCUUAACUUAAAAAAAGAAUAAAAAGUUGUGGAGGUUAGUAGGGAUAAAACCAAGGUCCACAGUCUGUUUUGAAGCAUGCAUACCCAGAGCCCAUUGACUUCAAUGGGAUUUCUGUGAACGUAAGAAUGAGCAAAUAUUUAGAGUCAAUUUUUCAUUCUGGUAAAAUUUUGAUAUGAUAAAGUGCUUUGAGACAAAAUGGAAAUCCUUUUUAAGGACUGUUUGUUUGACUUAUGAAAAGUAGCAUGUUCUGGCACAAUACAGUUAUUGCUAUCAUUUAUGGAGCAGAACAUAUACACAAUUCUUUGCCUCUUGAAGUAGUUAUUAGUAGUUAUGCCAAUGUCACGUGUCAACAGUUUAGUAUCAACAUACAGUUAAAAAAAUGUAAAAAAAAAAAAAA